AUGGCUAACAACAGUUCAGUGCUUCAUGAUGACUUCUUUGUGCUGCAGUUUGAUGAUUAUGUCAUUAUUCUGCAGAUUCUAGUGGCAGUUUUCUUUUCCAUCAACAUGUUACUUUUUGCAACCUUUUUUAAGAAGGAGUGUUUCUACACAUCGAUGCGUUACAUCCUGUUUGCUGUGACGCUGCUCUGUGACAGCGUGCAGCUCGUACUGGGCUACCUUAUGCUCAUCUUGGUCUUUUAUAAGAUCCAAAUGCAAGUUGGGAUUUGUUUCGUAUUGUGUUUCACGCUGUCUCUGUAUACUACAGUCACACCAGUCACACUGACAGCGAUGACGCUGGAGCGUUAUGUGGCUAUUUGCAUUCCCCUGCAUCAUGCACAGCUGUGCUCCACACACAGCACCGUGCACGUCAUCCUCAUCAUUCAUGCCAUCGGCUUAAUACGCUGCAUUGUUUUUUUCUCUGUUUUCUUUGCAUCAGUCUCCCUUAGUUUCUACACACAAGGCAAAUUAUGCUCUAUUGAAAUGUUCACCAUUAAUGAAUGGCACGAUCAUAUUCGGUCAGCUGUGAGUCAGUUCUACUUCUUGGUCAUGUGCAUCAUUGUUGUUUUCUGCUAUGUGAAAAUACUGAAAGUGGCCAAAGCUGCAUCUGGAGACAACAAAAAGUCAAAACAGAAAGCCCUCGAGACUGUGAUUCUUCAUGCUUUCCAGCUGUUCCUCUGUCUCAUCCAGCUGUGUUGUCCAUUGAUAGAAAAUGUUGUUUAUCAAAUUGAUUUGAGGUUAUUUGUGAUCAUCAGGUUAUUUAACUACGUAAUGUUUAGUAUUGCUCCGAGAUGUCUGAGUCCUCUCAUUUAUGGCCUCAGGGAUGAAGCAUUUUUUCUCGCACUCAAAAGCUACGCUUUCUUUGGUUUGCUUGAAAGAACUGUGAUUAGUAACAGAAAUGCACACUGA